AUGGGUUCAGAGCCGAUAGAUGUCCUUCUGGUUGGAUUUGGUGCUAUAGGGGGUAUCCAUUCUUAUGUCUUGGAGAAAUCCCAGCGAUGUAGAGUUACGGCAAUCGCCAGAUCACUCUAUGACUCUAUUCAGACUCACGGUCUUACCAUCAGUUCAAAAAAGUACGGUCUGAUUGAAAAUUGGAGACCUUACCGACUCGUCCGGUCAGCGGAAGAAGCCGCCGAUCGCAGCUAUCGGUUCAUCGUGUGUUGCGUCAAGUGUUUGCCUGACGUUCAGCCUACCUCUGCGAUCUUGGCACCAUUUUUGCAGCCCUACCAACAAGCUUCUCCUGAUGGUAGAAAAAAUCCUCCCCCCACCAUUGUGCUUCUUCAAAAUGGGAUUGGGAUUGAGCAACCUUUGGCAGAAGCGUUUCCUUCGGUCCAUAUCAUUAGUUGUGUAACCUGGAUUAUGGUCAACUUGACUACCUCACAACCACUCGUUACGGAUGGGACAUCAACCCCGGAAAUUUGCGCAGUUAAUCCAGCCGGGCCGCGUAUUGAACAUGGGGCACUGGACCGCUUGCUCGUCGGUCUCUAUGAGGGCGAGGGACUCACAGACACUCAUGAUGGCCCCGGUCAUCGCCCUUGUAAUUCGUAUGUCGAAGGGCUCUUGGCUGAAGACAGGACUCCUCUCAUCGGAUCCGCUCGCACCAAGAAACUUCAAAAUGGCACAAGCGAGAUGAAAUUAUUUUUAGACAUCAUCACUGCGGGUGGCUGUGAGGCUGAAGCGGUAGAGAAUAUCCAACCAGCCAGGUGUGCUAAGAACUUGAACAACGGAGCUUUCUCAACAAUGUGUACCUUGUCUCGUGCAUCAGUAGCCCAAUGCCUUGCGCCCUUGAUGCUGCCGUACACAUUGCCUGCAGCCAGAGGAAUCAUGUUAGAAAUGAUCGACGUCGGCAGAGCACUUGGUUAUCGAGAGGCGGAACUACCUGCUAAAUCGGCGGAUGAAGUUCUUAAUUUAAUGCUUCAGAACUAUCAGUCAAAGGGCAACGUGCCGACACCCUCGACCCUGAAAACACCCGGAGGAAAUCAAGCAGCUUCGCAGAGCAUCAAUCCUCACGUUUCUCCGGAAGAAAAAGACGGCGAUAGCGCGGAAGACAAAAGCGUGGAAGUUGAUGAGCCUCUCGACAUUGGCCUACGUUCGUUCAAGCCAAGCAUGUUGGUCGACAUGGAGAGGAACCGGCCAAUAGAGCUCGAGGCAAUCAUUGGAGCAGUAUUGGAACGAGCCAAAAGCAAAGCUAUUGAAACCCCUCGACUUGAUUUGUUGUAUGCAGUAUUGAAAGUCAAGCACAAGUAG